UUCUUGCAGUUUGGUCGGUCAUCCAACUUACAUACGAAAACCGCCAUGAAAGUCCUGGUUGUUGCCAUUAUUGCCGCGGUAGCGAGCAUUGCCUCCGCCUACCCAGGUGGCCACGGUAUUGCUUUAAUUGGCGGACAUGGAGGCGGACAUGGCGGAUAUGGCGGACUUGAAGGCGGUGAAGGAUGCCACGGUGGAGCUGGAGGUGGUGGCGGUUGCGGAGGAGGAACCUUCCUCGCUUUAGGAGCAGGUCCCACCUACGUAGCUGGCCCCGCCGCGGGCCCCAAGACCCUCGUUGGACCCCAGGAAGGACCUAACAACGUCCAAGGACCCGCUAAUGGACCAACCCACCUUGUGGGACCUCAACAAGGCCCGGCCAGCAUCGUAGGACCAUCGCAGGGAACUGCCAGCGUAAUCGGACCCACCCAAGGAGGUGCUAACAUUGUAGGAGCCGUACAAGGACCAGUCACCGUUGCCGAAGGUUCCGACGCCGGUCUUGGAGGCGGAUUGGGAGGUGGUUUCGGAGGUGGACACGGAGGCGGUCUUGGUGGCGGAUAUGGAGGUGGUCAUGGAGGUUACGGAGGUGGUCACGGCGGAUAUGGUGGAUAUGGAGUCUCCGCCGGAGCCAUUGCCCACGAAGGUGGCAUACUUAGAGGACCCGUCACAGUACCAGUUAUUAUUAAAGGUUCAUCAGGAAAAAUCGUUGCUGACGGUCUCUAUGGUCUUCCAUCUGGACAUGGCGGCGGACAUGGUUAUUACUAAAUCACGACCUAGGCAAAAUAUUCGAUAUACAGUAUUAAGUUUUUUUGUAGUAAACUUAGUCGUGACCUUGAAUUUUCCAAAAACAAAAUGCUUGAAAAAUACUGGUUUUUAGGUACUGAAAUGUACAGUUAAAAUACAGUAUUUCUCACAGCAACGGUCUAGUAAGUUUACCUGUGAUUUUUCCUUAAGUAUUACUGCCACGAUUUUGGUAUUAUGUUAUUUAAUAUGUAUAGUUCUUUUGUAAUUAAACGUUUUUAUUUUAUUGUACAAAAUGUACCAAUAUGCGUUAUUAAAUGUACAUUAUUAAA